AUGGAGAAGAGCAGCAACCAGAAGAUUAGUAUUAUGGGAUUCUUUAAAGAGAAAGGGUUUGAUGAUGGAAGCAUACAGAAAAUGUUCCAAAGAUGCAAGCAGCUAGAGUUCCUUGAUGGAGAGAGAGCCUGUGAGAACUGGAAUUAUUUGAAGAGUAUUGGAAUUCAAGAGAGGAAACUUCCCUCUGUUGUUUCCAAGUGCCCCAAGAUCAUCACUUUGGGCUUGAAUGAGAAGCUUGUGUGUACAGUCCAAUGCCUUACAACCUUGGGAGCAAAACCUGGUGGAGUGGCCUUGGCCAUAGCCAAAUUUCCCCACAUACUCACCCACAGUGUAGAAGAGAAGCUCUGCCCACUACUAGCCUUCUUCCAAGCACUGGGAGUCUCUGAAAAGCAACUGGGUAAGUUGCUGUUGCUCAACCCUAGGCUCAUCAGUUACAGCAUUGAGACUAAAUUUUCUCAGAUUGUGGAUUUCUUUGCAAGCUUAGGACUUAAUAAGCAAGGUAUGAUUCGUAAAAUUUUGGUGAAGAACCCAUUCAUUCUGGGUUACAGUGUUGAGAAACGGCUCCUGCCCACGGCAGAGUUUCUGAAGUCAAUAGGCUUAAAUGAGUUUCAUCUUCAAAGGGUGGUUCUCAAUUUUCCAGAGGUACUAUGUAGAGAUGUGAAAAAAGUUUUGAGACCCAAUUUAGUUUUCUUAAAGAGUUGUGGGUUUUACCAUGAACAAAUUGCAGUGAUGGUGACCAAAUAUCCUCCUGUUUUAAUCAAGAGCGUCAAAAAUUCUCUGGAGCUCAGAAUCAGAUUCUUGGUAGAAGAGAUGGGGAGGGAAAUCAGUGAGAUAGCAGAUUAUCCUGAAUUCUUUCAGCAUGGUCUAAAGAAGAGUCUGGAGUUCCGACAGAAGUUGCUGAAGCAGAAGAAUAUAGAUUGUAGCUUAACUGAGAUGCUUAACUGCAAUCAUAAGAAGUUCAGUAACAAGUUUGGCUUGGUUGCAGGCUGCUUGUGA